AUUCUCCCAGGGAUGGUCUCCCACUCAGAGCUGAGGAACCUUUUCUGUUCGGCUGAUGCCGUCUGUUUCGACGUCGACAGCACGGUCAUCCGAGAAGAAGGGAUCGACGAGCUGGCCAAGUUCUGUGGUGUUGAAGACGCUGUCUCGGAAAUGACCCGCCGGGCCAUGGGCGGGGCGGUGCCAUUCAAGGCCGCCCUCACCGAGCGCCUGGCCCUGAUCCAGCCGUCCAGGGAACAGGUGCAGAGGCUGUUAGCGGAGCACCCCCCACACCUGACCCCCGGGAUAAGGGAGCUGGUGAGUCGCCUCCACGAGCGAAACGUCCAGGUCUUCCUGAUCUCCGGUGGCUUCCGGAGCAUCGUGGAGCACGUGGCCACCAAGCUCAGCAUCCCUCCGGCCAACAUAUUUGCCAACAGGCUGAAAUUCUACUUUAACGGUGAAUAUGCUGGUUUUGAUGAGACACAGCCCACAGCUGAUUCUGGUGGAAAAGGAAAAGUGAUUAAAUUUUUGAAGGAAAAAUUUCAUUUUAAGAAAAUAAUCAUGAUUGGAGACGGUGCCACUGACCUGGAAGCUUGUCCUCCUGCCGAUGUUUUCAUUGGUUUUGGAGGAAAUGUAAUCAGACAGCAAGUGAAAGAAAACGCCAAAUGGUACAUCACUGAUUUCGUUGAGCUGCUGCGAGAACUGGAAGAGUGA